CCUCGACAUCGUGUCAUCAGAGAAGGCAUGGUCCCGCGAAUCCAGACUUUCACCAGAGAAGAGGUGGAAGAGCAUUCAAAGCCGGGAGACCUGUGGAUCAUCAUAGACUCACGCGUUUAUGAUCUCUCGAAAUUCGCUUCGAUUCAUCCAGGCGGACUGGCCGUUCUUCUUGACUCUGAAAUAGCCGGGCAAGAUUCCACGGAGAUUUUCUUCUCCUUGCAUCGUGCUGAAGUCUUGGAUAAAUAUGAACGACUUCAGAUUGGAGUUAUUCAGUCCGAGCAGCCCGAAAUCAAGAGUCACGUAGCUGGUUCGCUCAACCGCGUUCCAUAUGCUGAGCCAACUUGGCUUGCCAAAGGCUUCCACACUCCUUAUCACAAAGAGCACCACCGUCGUUUCCAAGCCGCUGUCCGCAAAUUCGUAGAGGAGGUCGUAUAUCCUGAUGCACAGGCAUGCGAGACCAACGGCACCCGCCCUUCUCAAGAUGUGCUGGACGAAAUGGCACGUCUCAACAUCAUCGCCAUGCGAGUAGGCCGAGGCCCGCACCUUCAGGGUCGUGUUCUCAUGGACGGGGUGAUCUCGGUCGAAGAGUUCGAUCUUUUCCACGAGCUUAUUCUUACACAAGAACUGUCGAGACUGCAUGCACGAGGUUACAACGACGGUCUGGCUGGUGGCACCAUCAUAGGCCUUCCACCCGUCAUCUCGUUUGCCAAACCUGCAUUGCGAGAUCGAGUGAUUGCUGACGCGCUCUCGGCCAAGAAGCCAAUCUGUCUAGCCGUAACAGAGGCCUUUGCGGGCAGCGACGUGCAAGGCAUCCGAUGCCGGGCUACAAAGACAGCAGACGGCUGGAUAGUCAACGGGACGAAGAAAUGGAUCACGAACGGUAUGUGGGCGCACUACUUCACAGUGGCGUGUAGAGGAGACAACGGCGACAUCGUGAUUCUCGUCGUGGAACGGUGCAGUGCGGUAGGCACCACGCCCAUCAAGACUUCGUACUCCUCUGGCGCCGCUGGAACUGCGUUUGUGACAUUCGACCAUGUAUUUGUUCCCGAGGAGAACCAGCUGGGGGCUGGUCAACCGGGACUGAACAUCAUUCUUGCAAACUUCAACCACGAGAGAUGGGCUUUGAUCACAGCAACGAUAGCGGGCCAGAGGAUCAUCUUGGAGGAAUGCUUCAAAUGGGCUUCGCAAAGAAAGGUCUUCGGCAAGCCUCUCACAGCGCAGGCUGUCAUCCGGCAGAAACUGGCAAACAUGAUCAGUCGAGUCGAAAGUUGCGACAGUUGGCUGCACGACGUUACUUUCCAGAUGGGUGCCAUGAGCGCCAGAGAACAAGCCAAACAUCUCGCAGGACAGAUUGCAUUCUUGAAAAUGCAUGCGACCAGAGCUUCGCAAGCCACAGCUGCGGACGCCGUGCAGAUCUUUGGAGGCCGUGGGUUGACACAAACUGGUAUGGGGCGAUUCAUCGAGCAUUAUCACCGCACACUGCUCAUCGACGCGGUCGGCGGAGGAGCGGAAGAUGUCCUGGGCGAUCUCGGGGUCCGACAGGCCAUGAGGAGUCUGCCUCCGAAUGUUCGCCUGUGA